AUGACGGGUAGGUCGCCAGUCUGUUCGCUCACUCUUUUCUAGAUGCAUUUUACACGGAUGAGGGACUAGAAGACUUUCAAGAUGAUGAUAUAGAAGAGUUGCAAAUGCGAGAAGAUGACCAGGAGGGUGAUGAUGAUGAAAUAACUCCUGAUCUCUGGCAGGAGGCCUGCUGGAUCGUGAUCAGCAGCUACUUCGACGAAAAGGGUUUAGUGAGACAACAAUUGGAUUCCUUCGAUGAAUUUAUUCAAACCUCUGUUCAAAAAAUCGUAGAGGAUUCGCCGGUGAUCGAGCUUCAAGCUGAAGCUCAACACUUGUCAGGUGUCAUCGAAACACCGGUACUACACAGUACCAUGUCUUAUCUAGGCUGGUUUAGGUGCAGUAUGCUCUGCGAUUUGAGCAGAUUUACCUUAGCAAAGCAACACACUGGGAGAAAGAUGGGUCAUCGAACCCGAUGACACCUAAUGAUGCACGCCUUAGAAACCUUACCUACGCCGCCCCCCUCUACGUGGACGUUGUAAAGAAAGUCAUCCGUGACGGUUAUGAAGAUGAGAAGAAAUAUGAAAAAAAGUUUAUCGGAAAGAUUCCGAUUAUGCUUAGGUACUUUUUCGUUUUUCAUCAUAUACCCUUUAAGAUCGAGUUAUUGCAUAUUAGCUGUAAUGAGCGACCGCGAUCUUGCGGAACUCAACGAGUGCCCUCUUGACCCCGGUGGAUAUUUUAUCAUAAACGGUUCAGAGAAAGUCUUGAUAGCUCAGGAGAAGAUGGCUACCAAUACAGGUAAGUGUUCAUUGCUGGGUUUACCCUCCAGUCUAUGUGUUUCAACAAAAGGACAGCAAAUAUGCAUACAAAACCGAGAUCCGAUCCUGCCUCGAGCACAGCUCGCGACCAGCCAGCACGUUUUGGGUGAAUAUCAUGGCAAGAGGUGGCAAAGACAGUAGCAAGCGCGCGACAAUUGGUCAGAGGAUAAUUGCUAUAUUGCCUUAUAUCAAGCAAGAGAUCCCAGUCCUGAUAGUCUUUCGCGCUCUGGGGUUUGUUGCUGACCGCGACAUUUUGGAGCAUAUUAUUUACGACUUCGAAGAUACCGAAAUGCGUGAAAUGAUUAAACCUUCUCUGGAUGAGGCCUUUGUCAUUCAAGAGCAGAAAGUAGCUCUUAACUUCAUCGGAGCUCGUGGUGCUAGACCCGGUGUCACGAAAGAGAAGCGCAUCAAAUAUGCUAAGGAAAUACUUCAGAAGGAGACGCUGCCCCAUGUUGGCAUAUCAGAUUAUUGCGACACAAGAAAAGCCUUCUUCCUCGGUUAUAUGGUUCACCGGCUACUCUUGACUGCUCUGAAAAGGCGAGAUGUGGAUGACCGAGAUCAUUACGGCAACAAACGCCUUGAUCUGGCUGGUCCUCUUCUUGCAUUCCUCUUCCGCGGUCUCUUCCGCAAUCUUGCCAAAGAGAUUCGUCUGUAUGCACAAAAGUACAUAAAUGAAGGCAAAGAUUUCAACGUGGAGCUUGCCAUACGCAGCCAAAUAAUAACGGACGGUCUCAAAUACUCCCUUGCGACCGGGAAUUGGGGAGAUCAGAAAAAAGCUAAUCAAGCUCGGCCUGGAGUUUCACAGGUUAUUGAAUGCUUUUUGUUUACAUUCUUGAACAGGUUCUCAACAGGCUCACAUUUGCGUCUACACUGUCGCAUUUACGUCGGCUUAAUUCCCCCAUUGGGAGGGAUGGCAAACUGGCCAGACCCCGACAGCUACACAACACAUUAUGGGGUAUGAUAUGUCCUGCCGAGACUCCAGAAGGUGCCGCCGUUGGCUUAGUCAAGAACUUGGCCCUUAUGGCCUACAUCUCUGUCGGCAGUCAGCCUUCUCCUAUUCUCGAGUUUCUCGAGGAGUGGAGUAUGGAGAACCUAGAGGAAAUCGCCCCCUCAGCUAUCGGAAAGUAGGCCCUUUUUAAUUUUUCUAAAUGUUUACACUCAGGACAUGCAAAAUCUUUGUGAACGGUUGUUGGGUGGGCAUUCACAGUUCACCCGAUCACUUGAUGGUAACACUUCGAAAACUGCGUCGCCAAGUUGAUGUGAUUGUCAGUGAAGUCAGCAUGGUUCGUGAUUAUCGUGAUCAGGAGAUCCGUAUCUAUACAGAUGCUGGUCGUAUCUGCCGGCCACUAGUGAUUGUCGAGAAAGGAAAGUUGAUGUUGAAACGUAGCCACAUUGAGUUACUCAAAGAAAAGGCAUACAAUCGGUACAGGUGAGUUGAAUUCAUUUGUCUUUUUGCCUCAACUUAUUUAUUCGAAGGUUCAUGAACCCUCCCCCCCCAGUCCUGUCUGUUUUAUAGGGUUUGCUUGGUGUUGUAUGUGAAUGACAUAGUAGUCAGCAAUGUUCGUCAUGACCGGCCUGCUAUGCGCCUCUUAAAUCAGUCGAUUACAGUUUAAACCAAUUGCAAUCCAGCACAAGUGUUUUACUGCCAUAAUCUUGUUACGUACUGAUUAGUCUCGGUUUCUGCCAUUAAAAGUAAUCGGUAAUGCUGAGCUUUCAUAGUAUACGGGCACUUAAUUCUACCGUCGAGAGGUAUCUUCGAAGAUGAGCUUGCUGUUGUCAUCUGAAUGCUUGAGCAUAGCUCUGAGAGAAAAAGUGGAUUUAAUCCUUAUUUAAACAAACUAUCCGGCAUCCUCAAACUCCCGCGUAAACUGCACAUCAUUUCAUCAAUUUUUAUUGAUGAGCCAGCUUUAUUGGCAUAUGCGAAUCGCCAACUUUAAUGACUUAAUGCCUUGUCGUAUCCAUGUAUCCUCCUCAAGAAACAUUUUUACUCCUUAGAACCAACCAUAAAGUGUGCACGAGUGUUUAAACUCCAGAGUUAAUCGGAUCUCCAGCUCCCAUGCCUUCUUCCGCACACAAUUUCGACUGUCAGAGUCCUACUGCAUUUGUUUCGCCGACGAAAACAUCUGUACUUUGACGUACGCAUGCCUUCCGGCGGCUUUGUCAUUUUGCUGCAUCUGUUUUUGCGUGACUGAACUCCAACGUUCCGUGUGCCUGAUAGCAACCUAAAACCUACAGUCUAAGCUCACUAUUCGAUUUCCUAGCUUUGCUCGAAAAUUUCUGCAGCUGAUAUAACCCGCAAUUAUUUUUGCUAACUCCAAAAGCUGGCAGGACCUGGUUACGAGCGGUGUCGUUGAGUACAUUGACACCCUGGAGGAGGAGACUGUAAUGAUCGCCAUGGGACCGGCGGAAAUGCAGGCUGCCGUGAACUACUGCAAAACGCAUACUCAUUGUGAGAUUCAUCCCAGCAUGAUUCUUGGCAUAUGUGCCAGUAUCAUUCCUUUCUGCGAUCAUAACCAGUCUCCGCGUAACACAUACCAAAGCGCUAUGGGGAAGCAGGCCAUGGGUGUGUAUAUUAGCAACUUCCACACGCGCAUGGACACCCUCGCCAACGUCCUGUACUACCCACAGAAACCGCUCGUGACCACCCGUUCGAUGGAGUAUCUGCGCUUCCGUGAACUGCCGGCCGGUAUCAAUGCCAUCGUCGCGAUUGCAACUUACACGGGUUACAACCAGGAAGACUCCCUGGUUGUCAAUGAAAGUGCCAUUCAACGCGGCUUCUUCCGUUCCGAAUUCUACCGAACUUACAAAGAUCAGGAAGCUCGCCAUGGAAUGGAUCAGGAAGAAGUCUUUGAAAAGCCCAACCCUCAAACCUGCCAGGGAAUGCGUCACGCCAUUUACGACAAAUUGGAUGAUGAUGGCCUCAUUGCACCUGGCACACGUGUCUCCGGUGACGAUGUCCUUAUAGGGAAGACGAUAACAUUACCAGAGAACGAAGAUGAGGUGCGUUUUCCCUCCUUUUCCUCCUGAUUCUGUAGCUCUUGCUGUAACAGCAGUCAUUCACUUAUGCAUAUGAAUUUAACACAAGUACAUUGAUCUUUAAACUCAAAAAGGCAAGUCCAAGGAAGUAAGCGAAAAAAGGGUAGAGCUUCCUUUUUAUCAGUGAUCCACACCGACAGUUGUGUCGGCUUGCCGCUUUAGCGAAUUAUAGUUUAUUUUCUGAAGUCAACUCUUUCCUAGUCAAAAAUCUAUGCGCAUCUAACUUGAACAACCCGCCAUAUUUACCAUAGUAAGCAGUCCAGCAUGUUCAGGAAUUGAGUUAAUCCUCGGCCUUGCGUCCAGCUCAUCAUAUCACGUCGCCUUUGACGCUCGAAGGCUCAUACAAGAACACAGAGCGGUGGGUUUUGUUCUCUGUCCGUUUGUGCCUAAGGUGCACUUCUAGGCUAGGCCCGCCCAUCUUUCUGCCGCAUGUGACUUGUGGAACGAAGGUUUAAAAGACCGACGACGACGCUGCUUAACUAUGUUAGGAACUAGGACUUCCUCAUCAGGUUCAAGAAGACCACACUUGUUCAGAAAGGCGGUUGAGACCGUUCACGAAAUAUAGUCUUGACUCUUUCAGGGAACAUAGAUGGGUGAAUGAACGUUUUGCUAAGACUCUUAUCAUGUCAAUGCAGUUGUAUUACAUGGAGUAUCAAACCGUAUGUAUGCAAGCUACAAGGGGGACGGUAAUAUGCUAUCUGUGUUGUCGAUCAAUGAGGUAAUGUGGCCUAGGAGAGAAAGAAAGGGUCAACGCAUUUGACGGGAUAAGAUCAGGAAUUGUGGGAGAUAUAGGAAGGGUAGGAAGAAGGAGAGGGUCGUUCAGACAAAUUCCAAUGACAGUGGAAUAUGCGUGCGUUGGGCCUUUGCCAUAAUAUUUUGUACUGGGUUCCAUCUGUUUGACGCGUUGGGUACGUCGCAGUAAUUUUAUAUAACACUCCAUUAUCGGCAAAUUACUCAAAUGACUUUGUUCAGUCUCAACCAGAUGUCCUAGAGUGACACUUAAAACUGUCGUCUUGGCCCUUUUUGCAAGCCAGACUGACAGGUUCUUUAAUUCUCCUUUAAAGAUGACGUUACGUUUGACUGAUGUAUCUUAAUCCAGAUAUCGGCAACACCCACAAACAGUAAUGUCUCUGGUAGGGGGCGCUCACCGAUCGUUUAUACGGAACUCACUUGUUUCGUUGUGCCUUACGGGCUCUCUCUUGAGUCCAACCAGCAGCCGCUCAGCGGCGCAUGAUAUAGGCAGAAUGUUAUUACCGACAAAGACAAGGGAGACAGAAAUGACAAUUUCUGGCUUGUUAGCCGUCGUCAGCCAGUCAUACCCAACUCCGAAGUGUGGAACACCCGAGGCUCGAACUCGCGACCUGUUAGUUAGAAGUCCACGCCUCUAACCACUGGGCAACGAGCCCGUUGCCCUGUCAGUUUCGAUCGGUCUCUCCUCCCACGCCACAAGUGGCCAAUGGAAUGAACAUACCACGGGAGACGUCGCGGAUCUCCAGCCAUGCCGUCGUCUUUCGGAUUAUGUCAUUCGUCUUAUUCGGAUCAUGUCAAACACGCCCACUUUUGUUCCACCUCGUUUGCCCCCAUACCAUACUUAUUUUACUUUGCAUUUAUAAGUACUUGUACCAUUUAAGUAAGUACGGCGUGCACAUAUUUUUAGAUCGAGAUUGGCCAACGUCGAUACACGAAACGGGAUGCCAGUGUGUUCAUGCGCCGCAGUGAGUACGGGAUCGUUGAUCAAGUCAUGGUCACUUGGAACAACGAAGGAAAUAAAUUCUGCAAAGUCCGCGUCCGAACCACCAAAACACCCCAAGUCGGCGAUAAAUUUGCUAGUCGCCACGGUCAGAAGGGGACAUGUGGCAUCCUUUAUCGACAGGAGGAUAUGCCGUUCACUUGCGAGGGCAUCACACCCGAUAUCAUCAUCAAUCCCCACGCUAUCCCCAGUCGAAUGACCAUCGGACACUUGAUCGAGUGUUUACAGGUAGUUAAAACAUGCCAUUUCCAUUGUAGUUUGUCCCUUCUCGCACCCAUUGGCCGUCGCCUAUUCUCGGCAUUUAUCAUUCUUGUUGAUGGUAUCUCUCCACCUGACCGGAUCCAGCAGUUGCCGUCUUAGCCACGACUAACCUUGUCUACCUGAUCUACACAAUGAUGAGUCUGGGACAGCCGUUACUUUACUGCAAAAACUAGAUCCGUCUGCCUGGCCGAGAAAGAAGUGGCUCAUCCGCAGAAUAGCCAGGGACACUGUUAGACAUGCAAUCCCUAGCAGUCAGCAGCCAACCCCGUCGCCAUCACUCAUGCCUCACGACCAUCCUUAUUGGUGGUUGGUCCUCAACAAGAGUUAGGACGGCAGAUUACUGUCACAUCUCUUUGAAGCCACGUUCUUAACUUGCCGAUCAUGCGCAAAACCAAACCUGCGAUCGACGCAGCACAUCAUCAAAUUUCAUUAUCUUGCAAACACGCCAGCAGGAAAUGAGAAGUCGAACAAGGUGCGGUGACUCGUCCAGCAGCUAGGCCAUGCGAGUGGCGGGGAAGGGGUGAGCUAACUAGCGCCCGCUCACUGCUACGAGUCUAACGACCUUCUGCAGCUGUACGAUUGGCGCUGGCUUCCUCUCUGUUGUCGCUGUCUCGGCAACAGCAUAGGAAAAAGGUCAUCUCUGGCGCCGUAAAUGCCUACCCUGGAUCAAUAGUAUCCCUGAAUGCUGCCUCGUUCGCGACUUUGGUUACGUUUGAUACAAUUGCGGCUGCAACCAGUAUAUCAUUCGUUAAGCUGAAAUUCUAGGUGUCUGGGAGCAGCCUUGUUACAUACGUAGACGUAAACUGCCAUGGUAGUGUUUCUGGGUGCAAUAUUAUACAUGACUACUUUAGGUUACAUAUCUCAUGACACAUGCCUAAAUUAAAGAAAAACCACCAACCAAUCUAAAACCAGUCCGAGAACAUACACAAAAACACAGAACUAGUGAUGAACGACCUCCAGUUUAAUGAAAACACAAAGUAGGUAUUACAAGCGCUAUGUCACUGAUGAGAAAGAACAAUUUAAAAAGGAGUGCUAACGUCGCAAACGAGGAAAUUCGUGUAACAUGAGAAGACUCCGAUUUUAGAAAUACAUAAUGCUUGUUCAUGCGCAAAAAAUUAGGUAAAACGGUUUAAGUACAGUGAUGUCUAGAACUUUCAUCUAAUAUUCUCCAAGAAUUAGUUUCAUAUAAAGUCUGGCACAAAGUCAAGUGCGUUAUGUCCGAUCAUGUGUUUCAGGAUCCAGUUGCGCAAAAUCGAUGUGUUUUUCCGUUUUUGUGUUGUUCGAUAUGCGGUCAAUAGGAGCAAAGAGGAUUUUGCUGUCACAGGAAUAAAAAUUCCAAUUAGUUCAUAUGUUGACAGGUCGGUUAGUGACUAAUAAAUUGAAAUAGAAUUGACAGGUACAAUUGUAAGCGUAUCAUUCCGUGUAUAUUAAGGGAGCUUUCCUUCCGUCAAAUUUAUGUGCGGUUCUUUCUUAUAGUGGAUUGCGUCGAUUUUCAGGUCGUCUACGUUUCUGUGUGUUCAAUCGAUUGCCCAUAGGGAUAAAUCUUAUGCUAUGUAUUUGUAAAAAUCUUUAAGAUACUUCACUAUGACACUUGCGGAGUUAACGAGUGCGUGACCGUUCUUUUUCAAGCAGAUGAUCGUAUAGGUCACAUUUGAAGACUCACCCAAACACUAUACCUCAUUGCCAAAAAAAAUUAACGUCCACAACAAAUGCCAGCGACGAAUAUGCCUUCGAUCAACUUUUGCCUCGACUUCCUGUAUCCCGUCAAAUUACGAUGACCCAUCCGCUUUUACGAUUGUGGGUGCCGCGCAAGAAUUUCUGGGAAUCAUGGUUUAAUUUGAGGUAGUAUCUUAUUCACUGUUCGCCCCCUGACACCCCCGGCGCCGCUUCCCACAGAAGAUUCGCUUAGGCCGCCCCUGAAUGUGGCUGCUACAUACAAAUUGAGUCUGCUCCAGGGUGGCAUAGCUGCUGAGUACACAAUAGUCGUUUCCGGAACCUAGAUGCUUUAGAGUUGCGAAAAUUCCCACUGAAAAGUGCAAACGGCAAUUUGGCGAGCAUACGUCUGCUCUCGAUAAAUUCUCUUCAGGCCUGUUCAUUUAUAUGGCUAUUGAAGUAAUGAGUCAAAAGAUACGGGCAAGUAGAUAAUUAAGCUGUAGCGCGGGUUUGGGGAGGGGAGAGGGAGAGUCAAACACCACAAUUCCAGUCAGCGCCAGGGAGAAGGUGGAUCCCGGCGAAGGUAAUUACAUGCGGGUGGCUGGUGUGGUGGCUUUGAACCAUGAAAACUGUGGGACCUGUAUGAAGUUCUUCUGUGCGCAUAGGACCGGUCCGCGUAGCCUGAUUGCAGCCGCCUCUGCCGUAGCCAGCAGGCGCUGCCCAAGUAGCUUUGGAUGAGUUGUUGGGACCUUGUAAAUCACUCUGAAGGCCUCUCUGGCGCCUAAACGGUGGUCUGUGUCUACCAUGUGCGCGAGGAUUGAGCUGUUGAUGUUCCUUAUUUGUCCCUUUCCUAACCAUGCUGGGAGAUGUUCUUUUAUUCUUUUGGAUAAACGCCGGUUCGUGCGACUAAUAUAUUCUGCCCCACAGGAGCAGGUGAAGGACUAAAUACACAUAGAGGUGGUCUGAGCUGGUAGUUUAUCCUUGCCUUCUCCGUGUAGGAUGGGACUGGUGGACAACCGUACACGGGUGUCAGCUGCAGGAAAGGUCUGCGAUACAGCUUGGGCUAGGCGUCUUCUUAAAAGUUCACUUGGUGCAUUCCCUUUAAAUGAGACCCUGACGAAGAGUCAUUUCUUUCCUGCUCGGGGCUUUUAUGGUCUUUCGGCCAUGUUCUUAGCAAUGAAUCGAUCAGGCUACCCGUUCUGGAGAAAAAGGCUUUCGAUGAUCUUAAGCUCUUUCUCGACGCUAUCAGCUAAGCAGAUUCUUCCCACUCUUUCUGUCAAACAGCGGGCUAAAUUACGUUUAACGUUUAGCGGGUGUAUUGCCCAGACCACGUUUUCUUACGGUAGACGCUACGUCGAAUGCUGCCGUCAGGCCUUCUACUCAGAAGCACAUCCAGAAAGGGAAGUGAACCGGUCUGUUCUUCUUCCAGAGUGGAUUUUAUUGAUGGGUGCGCCUGAUUUAUUUUUUCCAGUAGAAUCUAGGUGUUUGUCAUUUUUUCCCUCACUUCAUUUUCCGUUUUUUCCGAAGACGGCUUAGGCAGAAGUGGUUUGGUUCUCUUUCUCGGCCUUGAUAAUGUUCAGAUGUCUGCCCUGUCGUUGAAUAACAUUAUCGAGGUGAUGACCCUGCACAUCAUUGAUUUACUGUCAAGACUCGCUUACAGACCGAGUCUUGGAGCCUGCUCUCUAUAGUCCUGAUUAAUUUUAGGGAUCCAGGUUGAUAUUUUGAUACUUUGAGAUGGUCCUUCCCGGGUAUGUAAGUGGAUCCACAAAUUUCUGACGACAGUGUCCGUUAAUCUGGUAUCUUCCAGCGAUGACGCCGGUUAGUGUAUAACAGUCGUUUUUGCGUGUUCGAAGCGAAAGGUCCAGAUUUCCCUGUGAUUCCUGCAGUCGUCAGCUAAGAGGCAUCCGGACUUCUUUAUCUCCAGGGGUCCACUUUGACCUACGUCUCCUUAUGAAGUCGACGAGGGCGACAUGUAGAACAAUCCUCAUUUUCCCCCCAACUGGCACGCACUGAAAAUCAUUUUGGUCGUUCAAGGAAGCUUUCGAAGUCCGUACUGUCUCUGGGAGAGGUCCUUGUCACAAAUGAAUACUCAGGUGACGGAAAUGAGCGUAGGUGGAGAUUCUGCCAGCAUUACCGAGGAAGAAGAUACCCAGUGAUUAUCCCACAGGUUGAAGCAACGUUUUCCCGGAAUAAAUUUGAAUGAGGCAAAGGCGACAAAGCAUGCAGUAUUUACCGACGUCAUAAAUUUCGAGACCUCUCAUUCAGCUGCGUACGGUCAUUGCAUAGUUGUAUGACAAGGCAAACUGUUCAAUCAACGAUCGACCUAGAGUGAUAGGUAACCUGAAACAUAGGUCUAGUAUGCGGGUGCCUAUGGCGAGGGGAGGGGAGGGGGAGAGAAGUCGUCCAAGUAUGAGAGUUAGGACUACAGUGAGAACUUGUCCGGCGUGAUUUAGAGUGCAACGCGCGGGCAGCAUUCAGUCAUGCCGGGGAGGGGGUGGGGGCGAAAUGAUCCCACGAUCGGCAGUUGUCGGUUGCAUUUGAAUUUUCAGAAGCGGACCAUGGUCUUGUCCUUCAAGUCCUGUGUGAUUUAUUUUUGAGAAUUGACUCCUCACCCACUCUUCCCUUCCCCUGCACCACCAGUCAGCUGUCCGACCCUGUCAACUAGCCGGUGGUGGAAUUAGGCGUAGUGACUGUCGUACCCUAAAAGCCUGCGUCCAAGGCCUGUCACACGCAUGUGUGACAGUAGACAAGAGGCUCUUGCGGACUCAGCGUUUCCCGACAAACACUUAUCAUGGGCAAGUCUGACCCCCCCGCUUGGUUUAGCUGAUCCACCGAGCGGCCCAUUUUGGGGGGCCAUUUUUCAACUACCAGAAACGAGUGGAAGACGGGUUCUCCGUAUGUUCUGAAAUACACCUACCGCGUAAAUCGGGAGGGAAUGCUUGAAGGUCGUGUAUCGUCUGGUUUUCUCUUUGGUUUUCUGUAAUAGUCGGUUCCUUAGUGCAUUUCUACCUCUUGGACAUGAUUCCCCCACCGUCCACCAUUCAAGUAACUUUUUUAUGUCAAGUCUGCUUCAGGGUUAUUUCUCUUUUACCAUUCUGUAAGAAUGUGAAAACAAUGGGUCGAUACCUUAUAAGAGCCCUUCUGAUCUGAUAAGAAGUAGAAACGAUCACUGAAACAAGGGCUUUAUUCGCCUGACGUUUCGGAUUCGCACUUGAACCCAUCAUCAGAGACAAUGACGGCAACUGAUCUGAUCUGUUUAAUCUAAGGCUUAAUCUUGGGUCGUUUUUGUGAGAACGGCUGUCCAGCAUACCUCCUCAGUUUUUAACUACCCACUAUGCAUUGACUAACCUCCCCAAAAUUCCAUUUUAAUCUCUCCCCUUUCACCAGGGCAAGGUUAGCGCUAAUAAGGGCGAAAUCGGUGACGCUACACCCUUCAACGAUGCUGUCAACGUACGCAAGAUCUCCCUCCUGCUGCAAGAAUACGGCUACCAGCACACCGGCAACGAGAUCAUGUACAACGGCUUCACAGGGCGUAAGCUGAACUCGCAAAUCUUCCUCGGUCCAACCUACUAUCAACGCCUGAAACACAUGGUGGACGAUAAGAUUCACAGCAGAGCUCGUGGCCCGGUGCAGAUUCUCAACCGCCAGCCCAUGGAGGGUCGCAGUCGCGAUGGUGGCCUCCGGUUCGGUGAGAUGGAGCGUGACUGUCAGAUCGCCCACGGCGCAGCCCAGUUUCUGCGCGAGCGCCUCUUCUUCGCCAGUGAUCCCUAUCAGGUGUACGUGUGCAAUCUGUGCGGCCUCAUCGCUAUUGCGCACCAACGCAACAAGACCUUCGAGUGCCGGGGAUGUAAAAAUACCACACAGGUAAGUCGACUACGCACUUUUGAUGCCUCAUGCAACCCCCUGCUUCUCGACUCCGCGAAAAGCACUCCCAAAUCAUUUCCGCCACCGACACUGUUUGCUUCACAUCGCCUGAAGUUGGGACUAGCCAUGCUGUUUUUGUAAACCCACCGUGCGGACCUUUACGGCGAAUGUUGCAAAGAUCAUCAUGACGAGUCACCUCUUCGUGAGAAUUGUUAAAAUCAGGAGAGCAAAAACGACUGCUUCACAAUAGGCACAGGAACAAAACCCACAGGAAUAGAUGUCGUAGUUUCACGGACCGCAGCAGUCAUCAUACUAAACAAGGUUUCGGAUCUCUGUGGGCACUUCUCGUAAACUUAUCGCAUUUUAGAAUCCUUAUCUGUGGUCUGUGAGGACUGAGUUGUGCCCUUCUUUGAAAAUGCAUGGCGUCCUAUGGAUAGACGCUCGUGUAAAUCGGGAAAGGAAUAUGGAGGACCGUUGCUGUGUGUGAUUGUACCACUGUGCGGUCUACAUGUUGACUAUUUCAUUUGAGGUUGUUGUAGUCUGGUAGGUGGGUCCGUAGUCUGUAAGGUUUGAGUUGUUCCUUUCUUUGAAAAUGCAUGGCGUCCUGUGGAUAGACGCUCGUGUAAAUCGGGAAAGGAAUAUGGAGGGCCGCUGCUUUCUGAUUGUACGACGGCGCGGUCUACAUGUUGGCUACUUCAUUUGAGGUUGUUGUAGGCUGGUAGGUGGGUCCGUAGUCUGUAAGGUUUGAGUUGUUCCUUUCUUUGAAAAUGCAUGGCGUCCUGUUGAUAGGCGUUCGUGUAAAUCGGGAAAGGAAUAUGGAGGACCGUUGCUGUGUGUGACUGCACCACUGCGCGGUCUACAUUUUGCCUAUUUCAUGUGAGGUUGUUGUAGUCCGUGAGGUAGGUCCGUGGUCUUUGGGGACUGAGUUUUGUCUUUCUUUGAAAAUGCAUGGCGUCCUGUGGAUAGACGCUCGUUUAAAUCGGGAAAGGGAUAUGGAGGACCGUUGCUGUGUGGGAUUGUACCACUGCGCGGUCUACAUGUAGUCCGGGAGGUAGCUCUGUGGUGUGUGAGGACUGAGUUGUGCCUUUCUUUGAAAAUGCAUGGCGUCCUGUUGAUAGGCGUUCGUGUAAAUCGGGAAAGGAAUAUGGAGGACCGUUGCUGUGUGUGACUGCACCACUCGCGGUCUACAUUUUGCCUAUUUCAUGUGAGGUUGUUGUAGUCCGGGAGGUAGGUCCGUGGUCUUUGGGGACUGAGUUUUGUCUUUCUUUGAAAAUGCAUGGCGUCCUGUGGAUAGGCGCUCGUGUAAAUCGGGAAAGGAAUAUGGAGGACCGCUGCUGUGUGUGAUUGUGCCACUGUGCGGUCUACAUGUUGACUAUUUCAUUUGAGGUUGUUGUAGUCUGGUAGGUGGGUCCGUAGUCUGUAAGGUUUGAGUUGUUCCUUUCUUUGAAAAUGCAUGGCGUCCUGUUGAUAGGCGUUCGUGUAAAUCGGGAAAGGAAUAUGGAGGACCGUUGCUGUGUGUGACUGCACCACUGCGCGGUCUACAUUUUGCCUAUUUCAUGUGAGGUUGUUGUAGUCCGUGAGGUAGGUCCGUGGUCUUUGGGGACUGAGUUUUGUCUUUCUUUGAAAAUGCAUGGCGUCCUGUGGAUAGACGCUCGUGUAAAUCGGGAAAGGGAUAUAGAGGACCGUUGCUGUGUGGGAUUGUACCACUCGCGGUCUACAUUUUGACUAUUUCAUUUGCGGUUGUUGUAGGCUGGUAGGUGGGUUCGUAGACAGUGAGGUGUGAGUUGUUCCUUUCUUUGAAAAUGCAUGUCGUCCUGUGGAUAGACGCUCGUGUAAAUCGGGAAAGGAAUAUGGAGGACCGUUGCUGUGUGUGACUGCACCACUCGCGGUCUACAUUUUGCCUAUUUCAUGUGAGGUUGUUGUAGUCCGGGAGGUAGGUCCGUGGUCUUUGGGGACUGAGUUUUGUCUUUCUUUGAAAAUGCAUGGCGUCCUGUGGAUAGGCGCUCGUGUAAAUCGGGAAAGGAAUAUGGAGGACCGCUGCUGUGUGUGAUUGUGCCACUGUGCGGUCUACAUGUUGACUAUUUCAUUUGAGGUUGUUGUAGUCUGGUAGGUGGGUCCGUAGUCUGUAAGGUUUGAGUUGUUCCUUUCUUUGAAAAUGCAUGGCGUCCUGUUGAUAGGCGUUCGUGUAAAUCGGGAAAGGAAUAUGGAGGGCCGCUGCUUUCUGAUUGUACGACGGCGCGGUCUACAUGUUGACUAUUUCAGUUGAGUUUGUUGUUGUAGGCUGGUAGGUGGGUCCGUGGUCCAAGGGGACCGGGUUGUGCCUUUCUUUGAAAAUGCAUGGCGUCCUGUGGAUAGACGCUCGUGUAAAUCGGUAAGGAAAUGUGGCGGAACGGUGUUGUGUGCGAUUUUUCUGCUCCAGUUGGCGCUAAUUGCUGCUGUAGGUUCUGCCCGGCUCGUAUGGCCUUUCGUUUGUAUUUAACCCUUUUUGAUAUGUUAUUUUACUUCUUCGCAUAUUCCGCGUUCGCCGUUCUAGUUCAGGUCCUCCUUGGUGAUGUUGCGUCGCUGCAUUUGUAAGACUGCUUUAGAUGCGGACCAUUGUUCUAGGUAGUUCUUAUGCCACCUCAAGUCUUUGCCUCAACCAUCAUACCCGCAUGCUUGCUGUUGACAUACUCUUUCCCCCCUGUCUUAUUCUUGCUGAUUUUUACAUUCACCUGAUUUAGGCUGCUGCAAGCACCAUAGUAUCUGGCACAACGUCAACAUGACGUCGUGCUGUUUUUUUUCGUCGGGAUUUGCUCCAUACUGUACGAGGUCUAUUGGUGUCUCUGCUCUUAUCAUUGUAGAUUUCUCUGGUCAAAUUGCCGUACGCCUGCAAGUUACUGUUCCAAGAAUUGAUGUCCAUGUCAAUCGCCCCGAGGAUGAUGGUUAAUGCCACGCCCUCACUCUACUGA